AACGAUCGUGCUCGGAUCCUUAUUUACUUCGAAAAGGUUUCGCACUCUCGCACCCAAGUAUAUAAAACAACCGAGUACACAACAUACCGUUUGUUUUGAUUCGCGUAAGCUCGUAGUACAGCCGAGUUUUUUAAAUUUUCAUUGAUGUGAUAUUACGCAAAGUUCCGUUACUUUUAUUCAGUGGCGAUGAUGGAAGAAGCAUCCGAACAUAAUACGGCCGGUCAGCAUUUUUGCGGAUUGUGCCGGAAAUCGGUAGAUUCUGUGACGGAUUGCAGCACAUCUAGUUAUCGAUACCUAGUACCCCUGCACACAAUGUUCGACGUUUUUCGGAUACCCACCAAUUGUACUGCUCCACAAUCUUUAUGUGACGGAUGUUCAGACAAGCUACAUUCUGCCUACGAUUUGUAUCAGUUCAUGCUUCUUCCUGUACAUCGUGAUCCACCAUCUCUUUCUGAUACUGAUACAUUGAACAUCAUUGAAUCAAACAGUUCCCAGAAACCGCUCCAUCCAUGCGACACCUGUGAUCUAUCCUUUGAGGACGAUCUGUCACUACAACGCCAUCAAAAACUGGAACAUAUGAAGCUUAGUGCUCAUCAUUACUUUUGCCAGCAUUGUACUAAAACUUUCAAAACUAAGCGAGGACUAGACCAGCACUUGACCUAUUGCCACAAAACUGACGACGAUCCAUUCCGAUGUGAUCAGUGCUUCCGCGAUUUCGCAACCAAGACAAGUUUUAUAAACCACCUGGCGUAUCACGUAGAUUUUCUGUGUAAAUUUUGUGAUCAUGGGUUUUUGAAUGAAGUCAAAUUACUAGAGCAUGUAAGAAACAAUCACGUCGAUCGAUUAUUUCGAUGCAAGCGUUGCACGAAGACUGAACCGCUCAGGAAAACCUUAAACAGACAUUUGCGGUCAGCACACAACGUUCAUCAAGAUGAGUUCUAUUGCGGUCACUGCUCGAAUGGAUCAUCAUUCGAUGAUCUUGUGGCACUAAACGAUCAUAUGCAAGAGGUGCAUAAAAGCCCACAAGCGAUCGAAGGAGAUUACGCGGAACUUUUGAACGAACCUUUCUUUGCCAAGGAUAUAGCUUUAGAACUAGAACUGGACAAAUCGAGACUUGAGGAAAAUAAGGAAGAUUUUUUAAAGCAGUUCGAUUUAGUGCGAUCGAGAAAUUCUGAAAAAUCAAACACACUCAAUCCAAACAAGAUGAUCUUGGAAGAGUUUUUGGACGAAGCUUUCGAAAAUGAUCAAGUGUGGGCAAAAUAUAUCGAAGGUGGUGAGGAGUACCUGAUCGACAAUUACGAUUUCUAUUUGGAAGGCCCGACGUCGAACAAAGUCAUAUUUAGAUACAAAUGCCCCCAAUGCGACGCUGGUUUCAUGAAGCAAGUUGUUCUUACAAUCCAUUUGGCCGAAACGCACGGUGUUGCUUGCUUGGUGUGCAACGAUUGUGGUGCCAAUUUUCGAAAACUGGUUGAGUAUAGAGAUCAUCGCCGGGAACAUCUCAAAGACAAUGCCAGAUUUGUGGAGAACAUUAUCCCGGAAGCGGAAGAAGCCCUAUCAUUGGUGCAGCAGGAAGACAAGGAGUAUACAGUUUGUGAAAAAGGAACAACUUAUGUGUUCACCUGCAAGCUAUGUGAUCGUACGUUUGCAAAGAAAAGUAACUUUGAAAAACAUAAAUGUUCUUUUUACGCUAGUUCAUCAAAAUCGGAAGAAAAGGGUUCCGUUCUGAAAUCGAACCCGCAGUUAGGCGGAGAUCCCACAUUGCCCGAUAGUCUAUUUUGCACCUUAUGCGAUAAAAAGUUCAUCUCAAUAUCGGGCUUGAAAUAUCAUCUCAAACGACACACUGACAUCAAAGCAUUUUCUUGUGUCUACUGCAGUAAAAAGUUUACCGCCAACUCCAAUCUGAACGCUCACAUACGCAACAAACACAGCGAAGACAAAAGCCAUCCCUGCCCGGAAUGUGAGCAAUGCUUCGCCUGCAAGGAUCAUCUUUCGAAACACAUUCGUUCCAGACAUCGUCAGGAGCGGGCGUUCAAAUGUCCGGAAUGCACGAAAUGCUACUUCCAAAAGUCUCACCUGAACGACCACGUGGCUGCGUCCCACCUGGGGUACAAGGCGUUCGUGUGUGAACUGUGCAACACAUCGUACAGUUGCAGGGGUUCACUGAGAAGGCAUCUGGCGAAAAGCCAUAAUCGUUAACGUUGAAAAUAAAUACCUGUUGUAAAUUCGAAACGAGUGUUUCCUCUAACGAAAGAACUACCUAAUACUAAUGGUUAAAGCAUUC